CACAUUCCUAUGGUGAUAUAUCAUGCUAGCAAGCAGUACACGGUUCUGCCUGUUUGGGCACGCUCCAGCUGUGUGCGCCCCCUUAACUCGUCCACGAGUUGCUAAGCAGGCACUAAUUUGCAAGGCGGCUCGUGAUAGGGACGGCCAUCAACGAAAUGACGGUGCAACUGCACUUCCAUACGUUCUUGCAACACUAGAGCUUUCCAAAUGCUCCGAUAUCUUUGAGCUCGAGAGCACUUACAACAGCAACGAACUGUUUAUAGAUGCCAUAAGCUUAGCAGCGGCAUGGGUGAAGCUCGGAAAGCUAUACAACGCCAAGGUCGACGCAUGCAAGUAUAAACAGGUUACUCGUAACCUUCUUAGCAAGGCGCUAAAGCUCGUUGAAGAAAUGGACCUCCGCCAGAUCUCAAACGUUCUGUGGGCCAUGGGGAAGAUGCGUCUAGACCUUGCUGCUGAGCCCCUAGGGCCCUAUCUGGUGGAGCAAAUGGAGGGCCGUUUGCUUGUCGUGCUUGAGGAGGAGGGUCUGUCCGACCCUCGAAGUGCUGAGCAGCUGUGGUUCGGCCUUGCCCUGUGCAAAUACGACUGGAGCGGUGAGGUGCUGCGAGCCCUGCUGCACCAGACCCUGGAAGCGAUAAGGCAGUGGGAGAACUGCAAGGCUGUGUCGCAAGUAUGUCAGCAACUGAGCACCACCCUCAGGCAGCGUGUCACGCUAGAUGAUCAGCAGCGGGCGCUCUUGGCAGGUGCCAUUGCAUCAGCCAUCCACGCCGACGACAAGGACCCACAGAUCAAAAUAGGGCUGGCAAAGGCUGUCGGCUCAUUCUUGCUAGCCGCAGACUUGCUGCAGCUGCCGGUGACCCUUCACGACGUUCAGCGGAUGAAUGACAUUACCGUUAACAUGCCGCCGGGGCUAGUGGCAUCAGAGGGCGGUCUGCUUGCUGCAUACAAGCUUCUCCGCUGCACUCGGCUAGGCUUCCAGCCAUCCCAGGCCGAUGCCCAGCGCUGGUACCUGCUGCUGACGGAGGGGGCGCGGGCUCCAUGGGACGCCUACACUGUUUCAUGGAUUGCCGCAUCCCUGGCGUCCUGCCGCAACUUCAAGCCGCCACCUGAGCUGGUGCAGCAUAUUGGCGCGGUGGUACGCUCGCCGCCACGCGGCGUUGAGGAAGGGGACUUGUCACGCCUCGUUACGGCAUGCAAGGCAUGGGGCGUGAAGGUACCAGACACAGUGGCUUCGAGGCUUUCGAGCCGGAGCCGCCCAGCCCCGCAAUGAGCACUACCUGCCAAGUGGACGCCACUCACAUGGGCAUCACCUUCUGUCCUGUCAGAUGUCCUCCUCUGCUCGUACUAGAGGUGUUGGGGGGUACUUUGGGUCUUGGGUACUAGGUACUUUGGGUACUAGGGUCCAUUGUGAGGGUACUGGUGUUGUUACGCGGUGCUGGCGGGUAAGCCACGGCUCUACGCUUAGGCUGCAAGAUUGCAAGGUGGAGCAGGGGCGGCAUUUCGGGCUUUGCUGUAUAACUAUUACCGGUACACUUGGCAUUGUGGGGCGGUGCUGGGCAUGCAGCGUGCUUCCUUGGGCAUGGCUGACGAUAUACCGUACAUACGUACAUACCGGUAUCAGAAUGGGUGGCAUGAUGGACCAGCAGGCCCGUGGACAAUAGUUUAGCUAAUGCCCAGGAGGCCAGGUCAAGCAGCAGGAGUGAAUCGGGGUGCCAAGCCCCUGUUGUAGCCUAACUGUACGAUAGCAGGUUAGAGGUGGCUGGCGGCCUCCUACACCCACCACCACGUGUUUGAUGAGCGCAUGUAUAGUAGUAUGCUAAGCGUGUAUGUUGUACGGUAUACGGGGAGUUGCUGGUUCAGCAUUUACCAGGAUCCCCAAGCAAUGGCUUCCACAAGAGAUUGGGGUGGUUGGGUGCGUAUAGAUACAAAUCUGUUGGAGGUAGCUGCAUUGGGUUAAUGCGGACUUACGAGGACCCGGGUGCGGCCCGUUCGGCCGUUGGUUACGGUAGAGCGGCAUGCACCAGCUCGUCCCCCAGUCGACAUCCGGCACUGUGAUAUUGUGCUUCCGAGGCUAUUGGGUGCCCCUAAGUUGUGUAUGCGAUGGGUUACAAACAGG